AUGAUAUCAGCAAGCUUUCUACCUUUUACUGAAAGAAGUCCAACUCAAGUUUCACGAACUCCCAGACUCGUCCGAAAUCACGAGCCAAAUACUAAUAGUACCUCGACUAAUCUGCCAUCAUAUAUUCGACCAAUUCCAGCAAAUAUUGAUGCCGUCGACUUGGCAUACUUAACACGAAAAAGCGCCUUCGACCUUCCAAGCGAAAGCACAAGAGAUGAGCUACUUAAGAGCUACUUUGAAUUUGCCAACCCCUUUAUGCCCUUGUUUGACAGAGAGAAUUUCUUGAGCGGGAUCCGGGAUCCAAAGCGAAAGGAAGGGGAUUUGAACAAUGAGCCCAGACUGAGUAUUUUGGUGGCCCAGGCUCUUUUUUUCGUUGGCAGUGCGUUUGUGGACAUGGACAUUAUUUACGCGAUGGGGUUUGAAUCUCGACAGGCGGCGCGCACCUACUUAUAUCAGCGAGCCACUUUGCUCUACGAUUUCAAAGUUGAGCCAAAUCCUGCUACCAUACUGCAAGCACUGCUACUCUUGACCUAUUGGGUGGAAAUGGACGACCAAAGAGGACCUUGGCAUUGGAUUCAUGCAGCCAUCUCGCAUGCCCAGACUAUGGAUCUCUAUGGAAAGAUAGUCAAAUCAUCGGGGAACAACUCAGAAAUUAAAACUCUGCGGAGAUUAUGGUGGUGCUGUUUUAUGAGAGAAACAAUCAUUGCAGUCGGCAUACGGUGCUCAACAUUGCUCAGGAUCGACGAGUACGAUAUAACACCACUCAACCUGGAUGAUUUCGAUUUCGCAAGCUCACAGGAAGAUCAGUCCUGCGGAGCCACUGAAAAGGAUCGCAUAUUGGCAACUAUGACUAUUGAAAUGGUCAAACUAUGUUCUUGCAUCAAUCGAUCGCUUUCGGCUCGGUAUACCACGACGGUUAUUUGUCGUGCAAAUACUUUGCGGUCGCAGAUAUCUGAACCUCUCACUCCUCAAGGUGUAAUGACUUUCGAAACAAAGGUUUGCGCGACGCAUUUGUCGGGGUGGUUGCAUGAUUUAAGGGAGGAAGCACGCUGGACGAGGAAGGAUGAAGAGCUCUCUACAGUGUCCGACCCAAGCCUGACACUACACCGGAUCCUAUUGCAGAUGACAUAUUUCACCGCGGUCAACGACCUCUACCGCUCUCAAGUUUACCCAUCGGCAGAGGAGCGAUAUUUGGCCAGAGGCAUCAAUGAUAUGGUGCGCCAACAGUAUCGCAAAAUUCUCUUUCGUGCUGCAGAAAGGACUGCGGCACUGGCAGAAACUGUGUCCCGCCACAAGCUAACGAGAUAUAUGCCUUCCUCUAGUAUUUCCGUCCUUCUUCCAUGUAUCGUCGUACACGUCCUGCAAAUCCGAGAGUGUCCAGAAAUCGCAGGCAACAAGCCUAUUCAGGGUCUUAUUUGCUGUCUUCGCUUAAUGGAGGCUCUCGAGGAGAAGUAUAGCUGUGCUAAGCGUGCAAUGAACUUCCUGGAACCGGGUCUGGAUGCUAUCCGUAGAACAAGUCCCGUGGAGUUUGACAAAGAUCGCACGCAUGACGCAGAGCUGCUGCCACGGAGUGACCCGAACAGUUCAGCAUCGCCUUACCCCUCCGAGAAUCUGCAGGAAAUUUACGAUCAGAGAGCAAUCAUACAACCAGAAGCAACUGUCGGACAGCUUGAGAAGUCCAAUGACGAAAUAUCUGCUUCAAGGACUAUUCAACCCAAUGGUGAAAUAGGAGCCGGAGGAGUUUCAACCCAGCUCACCGAGCGAGUCGACAAUUCUGAUGUCAACGUACGACAGACAUCAAUGCCUUUUCAGAUCAUGGACCAAGGUAGCAGCGGUACAGACAACCACAUUGUCUGUGGUGAGAGCUUUAAUCAGGCUUUUGCUCUUUCCGCCUCCUCUUUCUCCGGAUGCAUUGAUGAGAGUUCCUUUCUCAACGAGGCUGGAGAGGGUUUUGCGGAAGAAGAGGAUGGAUCCGUGCCAUGGAUACGUUGGCUAGAACUAGGGGACGACACCUUAAUGCUCUGA